AUGUCGACUGGAACCCUGGAAAGUAGCAAGCAAGAGGAAACUCUUGCAGAAUAUAUAGCUUCGCAAGAUGAUCUCGUAAAACAAGCAGGAGAAGCCUUGCCCCACCAAUUCUCACAUUGCACCUAUGCCCUAGGGUCACUAAGGCCGUCUAUCUCUGUCUUACGUGUCCCGAAACGCGUGGCUUUUGCGCUGCUUGCUCAGUCGCGUGCCAUACUCACCAUGAACAAGUCGAAUUAUUUCCGAAACGAAACUUCCGCUGUGAUUGUCCGACCACCGCAGUUGCUCAUCAGUGAUUGGUUUCACGAGUCAUGUUGCAUGCUUCGUACCAGGCCAGACCCUCUUGAAUCUGAACCUCCCCCGCAAGAAGAUGUGGUCGACGAUGCCGCAUCAGAAGCAUCCUCCUCCGGCCUACCUCCGCCACUUAUAGCUGCAGCCGACUACGAUGCUUUCGUUUGUCGAGCAUGUGUGCGGAAAAUUCCCAGCCUACAACGUGUCAUCGGGACCCCUAUGGCCACCACAGUCUUUCGCAAAGAUGUGAACACGCCCUGGACACCAUUUAGAGGGACAGAAGACGACGCGACUGUGAUCGUUGCAGAAACCGCAGUUAUUGGUGAAAAACGCCCUUCAUCGCCUGGAGCGACGGAGCCUGCCCCAAAGCGAGCGCGAACAGAAUCAUCCUCUGAGCUUUGUCUGGCACCGGCGUCACUCGCAACCCUCCAAUCAACUUAUACCUCUGAAAAUGUGGAUUGGGACAAGGCGCUUUUCACCGGAGACGCAUUUCUUGUGGACGACUUCCGGAGUAAGUGGUGUCGCUGCAAGUCGUGUCUUCCGUCCCUCGAAGCGCAUCCGUACUUGCUAGAGGAGGAAGAAACUUACGAGCCACCUGAGGAUCCCGAUUCCGGGUUGAGUCUAGAAGAACUCGGUAUGCGUGCGCUCGAACGUUUACCGCGAGACCGGGCAAUCGACGGAAUCCUCGCUUUCAACUCGAUGCGCGAUAAACUGCGAUCAUAUCUUCGACCCUUUGCAGAAGAAGGAAAAGUCGUCGGGGAGGCAGACGUGCAGGGGUUUUUCGAAGAAUUGCGGGAGGCGAGGACCUCCUCGGGGUUUGGCAAACACCUCGUCGAGUCGGUUUUGGCACGUGGUGACCGUGUCAUUGCAAUCGCCCGCUCGCUCGACUCGCUCGCCCAUCUAGCGAACACUCCCAACGUCGCAACACGAGCACUUGACGUCACUGCGGGUGCAUCGGCCGUCAGCUCCGUUAUCACCGAAGCCGUCAGCAUUUUCGGCAGGCUUGAUGUUCUGGUUUGCAAUGCAGGAGCUGGGUUUCCAAGCUUGUUGGAGGAAGGAGGUUCAGAUAUAUUGCGAAAGCACAUGGAAGUCAACGUCUUUGGAACCAUGGAUGUCAUCACUGCUGCACUUCCUCACCUUCGGGCACAAAGGGCCGGUACAAUAGUCAUUAUCGGCAGUCGUAGUGCAUGGAAGCCCGACAUCCCGGCCCUUGCAGUCUACGGCUCUUCGAAGGCAGCAAUGCAUGCUUUAGCAGAAGGCCUCACAGCUGAGCUUUCACAAUUCAAUAUUCGUGUUUUGCUCGUGGAACCUGGUGCCUUCCGUACGAAUGUUGCGCGUCAUGGUAUCAAGCUUGACAAUCCGAUCGCUGACUACGACGACAUGCGUGCGGUCAGCAAAGCACGAUUUGGGUCUCUUCAGGGGUCAGAGCCGGGUGAUCCAAGCAAGGCCAUGGAAAUUGUUGUCGAUAUAGUGCGGGAAGAAGGGUGCGCCAAGGGGAGACCAUGGCCAGGACGCAUUGCCUUGGGACCUGAUUGUGAACGAGACAUUAGAGCAAAAGUUGAACAGGAGCUCAAGAUGCUGGACGAUUGGCAAGACGUAGUUCGCUCUACGAAUUUCUAG